AUGGCCUCCCAAGACUCGGCUACAUCCCCGCCGCCCGCAUUGCCGCCUGCCAACCCACCGGCCGCACCCACUUUCGUCACGAUUCCCGCCGUGAAAGAGCCUGGCGUCUUCUCGGGCCUCGAAGGUUCUGACGUCUACCAAUGGCUGCGCCUGUACGAACGCGUCAGCGCCAGUUACAGCCCAGACCACUCUGCCCCUCCUGACCACUUCGCCCCUCCAGCCCACUUCGCCCCUCCGGCCCACUACGCCCUUCCAGCCCACUACGCCCCUCCGGCCCACUUUGCCCCUCAGGCCUACUCUUCCCAUCAGGACCACUUUGCUCCUCACGAUCCCCACUACUCCCGCUCUCCCUCACCCCACCGUCGCCAGUCCUGUUCGCCUCAGCCCCGACCACCACCUUACCCCGCUCCCCCACGACGUUCGCCGACGGAAAACUAA